UAAGAUUCCCAUGUAGUCCUGGUAACGGCAACCCACCCCAGCUAUAUAAUCCGCAGUGUGGGGACCAGGGGCCACAGCAACUGGCUCAGUGACAAUGGCAGAUCUCAGGGUGGUGCUGGUGCUGACAGUUCUCAUUGGGACAGCCCUUUCCCUGACGUGUUACACUUGCAGCGGCCAGAGCAGUAACACCAACUGCAUGACCGCAACUAACUGCUCCGCCUCUCAAACCUUCUGCAAGACGUCCGUGAUUGCUGGGGGCAUCGGGAGUUUAUCGGCGGCCACCAUCACUAAGACGUGUGAGUCGAUUUGCACGUCCGUCAGUCUCAGUGCCAUUGUGGUCUCCACGUCCGUCUCGUGCUGCAGCUCUGAUUUGUGCAACACCAGCGGCACCGCAGGAAUAAAACCCAGUUCUGCUGCCCUCGCUCUGUCCCUGGGAUUCCUGCUCCUCCUGCUCAGAAAGUCCUCCCUGUGAUUCCUGCACCUCCCAUUGCCCAAAACAUGCUCCGGAUUAAAGGGAUAUUCGUUGGACUAUAACAUUUAAAGAGUCGUCACCAUAUUUCCUGUAGAGGGGAAACGUCUUCAGACCCCUGUGAACUCCAUUGUGAUUCUAUAAAGAAACCUGUUGUUUAUUCACUCGACUGUAUUUGAGGCAUCAGUUUAUUGUCUCUGUAUCUCUGAUAUGCCUGUACCUGUAUAAUUGCACCAUAUCAUUGCACAACUACAGCCUCUGCACCUUCAUUAAUUUAGUCCAUUAUUCAUUUAGUUGCUUUUCCCUGUAUUUUUUUUUUAAUUGCAAUGAUCAUCCUUAUGAACUGAGACCCAAAACUGUAACCCAUAGUCAUUGAAUACGUUCAUUAAACAUGAAUUGAAU